GCGAAUCGCGGCUGAAAAAGGUGAAGGUUGUGGGCGUGAUUUUCAUAAAAAGCAAGCUAAAAAAAGUUGGUGUUUUUUGAAAAGAAAAAGAAGAGAAUGGGGAAGAAGGUAUGGGUGGAGAUUUGCCUGAUCUCCGGUCGAGGCCUGCGGCGAUCUUCAUCAUCUCUGUGGAAGCUCCAAUGGUAUGCCGUGGGAUGGGUUCAUCCCGACCACAAGUACUGCACCAAGAUCGACGCCUCAGGAACAUCCAACCCCCUUUGGAAGACUGGCUUUUCCACGUCGCUUGAAUUGGAUGAUCCAGACUUAGACUCGGCCCUUCAUGUUCAGGUUUACAGCCGCGACCCCUUCUUCCUCCGAGAGUCGCUCUUCGCCUCUGCAACUGUUCCUUUCAAGGAGUUUUUGGAGAAAUAUAGACCUGAUUCUCCGGUUUAUGAGGUGGGCAGCUUCCAGUUGAGGAAAACCAACUCUAGCAAGUCUCUGGGAUUCGUCGAUGUGUCUAUUCGGAUCUCGCAGCACAGAGAAGAAGAAGAACACGCUGCUUCCUCAUAUCUAGGUGGUGAUGAAGGGUUCAACUUGGACAAUCUUAGUGGUGCACCUGCUUUGGACAAAGGCAAAUCCCACCAAACAGAAAACAACUAUCAGACUCCCAGCACCAGCAGGGCAAGUCACCAGCCACCGCCACAGCCCCUGUCUAAUGUGGGAUACAUUCCCAACUUCUUCCCCGUCACAAGUAGCUACGCGAACACGCCAACUGUGGCAGGGCGUGGGGUCGGAAUGGGACUAGGGGCCGGAGCAUUGGCCGCGGGUGCAGUCAUCUUUGGAGAUGAUCACAUGCCAUCUUAUCCUCCUUUCUAGGAUUUCAUACUUAUUGAAAAUGUUUCUAUUUAAAUCAAACUCCUUCAGCAAAUCUGAAUAUGAUACACAAACUAAUGAAUUUAGAGUUGAUCAA